AUGUCUGUUAAAAGAAAUGAAUUUGAGAACAAACCAUUGAAAACUUUUCCAAAUGAUGUCUCCAAUUUUACUUAUAAAGACUUAAGGCUUUUAGAGAACCCAAUUCUAGCAUAUCAGCUGCCUUUAGCGGUUGUAGCUCAUGUUGAUUUGAAUGCGUUCUUUGCUCAGGUAGAACAGAUAAGAUUAAAUCUAACUUCAGACGACCCUAUUGUCUGUGCUCAAUGGCAGUCUUUGAUUGCAGUUUCGUAUGCUGCUAGAAAAUUUGGAAUUGGAAGAAUGGAUACAAUUCAAUCAGCAAGAGAAAAAUGCCCAAACAUCAUAAUCGCACAUGCAGCAGUCUUUAGAAAGGGUGAUUCUUAUUGGUCAUAUGUUAGAGGUUUGCCUGAUCAAUCUAUUCAUAAAGUUCUGUUGGAUCCAUAUCGGAGAGAAAGUAGAAAAAUUAUGAAAAUUUUCAGAGAAUACUGUGAUGUAGUUGAAAAGGCGAGUGUCGAUGAAUGCUUUUUAGAUUUUGGAAGAAUGGUGUACUAUACGUUAAUCCAGUUGUUUCCUGAACUAGGUCGCGAAGUAGAUAAUAUUAACAAUAUCCUACCGAGUAUUCCUUCUUCCUUGCCUGAUUCUUUAUAUUGGGUAGGGGAAAUCAUCAAGUCAGAAAAUGAGAUAUCGAGUUUAAAUAACGACAAUUAUCAACAAUCUCCUGUUCAUUAUCCUGAAAUUAAAGACUGGGAUGAUGUAUGUAUUUUGAUUGGAUCACAAUUACUUUAUGAAGUUCGUCUACAAAUCUACAAGGAAUUGGGUUAUACCACGUCAGGUGGUCUAGGUAGAAAUAAGAUUAUUGCUAAAAUAGCAGGUGGUUUUUUAAAACCAGAUAAUCAAACAAUAAUUAGAACCUGUCUGGUGAACAAUUUUUUAAAGAACUUCCACUUAAUUGAUUUUAACGGCAUGGGCGGUAAGACUGGAGAUGUGAUCAUGCAACGCCUUGAAAUACCUCCUGACGUCAACUCAAUCUCAUUUAUCCGCAAUAAUUUUUCUUUGGAGGAUAUGCAGAAAGAGUUUACAAAUGACUUACCCUUAGCUCAAAAAAUAUACGAAAUGGUCAGAGGCAAUCACCAGCAAGAAUUAUCUUUGAGAACUGAUAUUAAAUCGAUGAUGUCCAGGAAAAACUUCUUAUCUAAAAAGCCGGUUAAUAAUUUGCUUGAUGCUUAUGACUGGAUCAAAGUAUUUGCAGGUGAUUUAUAUAACCGAUUGAUUGAGUUGGACGAUGAAAGUUUAAACUUACUGAUGCUGCAACAAUCCCAUCGAGGUAAGGGCUAUAUAAGAAGGCCGAAAACCUUAAGUAUUCAAAUUACCUCAACUUCGUAUGUGAAGCAUUCCAAACAAACCCAAUUACCAGUAGUACGAUCUUUGGACAAAUUGAAAGAAAAUUUGGAAGCUACAGGACUCAAAUUGCUCAUGGAUAUACUCGAUAAUUCCACGAAUGUUCAUAAACUAAACAACGGCAUAAAUUUAAGAGAAUUAGAUAAGAAGAUAGAUAAAGAUUACUCCAAGAUUAAAAUAAUACCACUUGCCAAUAUGUCAUUAGUCAUCUCAAAUUUUGUAAAAAAUACAGAUUCAAGCCUAAUCGAUUCUUACACGGAUAACAAAUCAGACAUUUCGACUCAAGAAAAUAUAAGAAAGAUGUUUGACGAAGUAAAUGAGGAAGCUAAAAUCAAAAGGUUAAAACUAGAAGAUUUAAAUCCCAAAGCCGAAUUUCAUAAAAACAAAUCUAGAGUGAUUUCCAAAGAAGAAGGGGAAUAUGUUAAUAAAUUAUUUGCAGACUUCAAUUCGGAACGAUCAUCAAUAUCAAAUAUGCAAAUACCAUCAAGAAUUACACCAGAGCCAAUAGAUUUAAAGACUAAAAAUAGUCAAGAAGACAAGGAGUAUAUUAAGUCGCUAUUUGAUAAGUUUGAGAACGACAAAAAUGCUAUGAACGAAACACUGAAACCACAAUCGAAAUUACAACCAAAACAGAAAGAAGAAAGAAAGUAUAAUAUACUCCAAGACUUGAAAGCAAAAUCAUCUAGUCGCUCGGUUAAAUCAAACCUUUCAAUGACCAAUGAUCAAAAAUUCUUUGAUGACUUAGUUAGUAAUAAUUACUGUUCUCAAUGCAAUCUAGAAGUCGAAGAUGUUUUUGAACAUCGGGAUUUUCAUAUUGCACUUGAACUCUCGCUGAUGAUCAACGGUCGUGAGAUCACUCCCGAAACUACAAAUAAGUCAUCAAAUUCACCUAAUCCUUCAGAAAGAAAAUCAAGUAAUUGCAAUGUGGGUAAAGGUCAGUCUAAAUUACCUUUUUAA